CCUACUUUCUUCAUUCCACCGUACCCAUUUGACAUCUGGAGCAUCAGCGGACAGGAAAAAGAGGACUUCGUCGACCUUUGUGUUUCGUUCAGUUCUGUUUCUUUUAUUUUCUCUUUCUUUCUUUCGUCUGUUAUUUUCAGUUAUUUUUCGUUUCUUUGUUGUUUUCUACAAUUAUCCUUCCUUUCUUCCGUACAAGCAUAUUUCUUUUUGCCUUGCUUUCUGUAUCAAAACAAAAAAAUGGAUCAAUUUGCUGCUCAACAACAAGGGUCACCCGCCGUCUCGGUCUCUUCCCAACCAAUCAACGCUGCCAUGUCAUCAUCCGCCGCCGCUGGAUCUGCUUCCAACGCUGUCGAAGGAGCCCCGGCCUUUCAGCCUGACGAGAACUCCAAGACGCUCUAUGUCGGAAAUUUGGAUCAGAGCGUCAAUGAGGCAUUCUUGCAGGAGAUCUUUUCGCAGGCUGGAGGUCAGGUUGAGGGCGUCAAGAUCAUCCGUGACAAAAACUUCGCUCAUCAAGGCGGCCUGAACUACGGCUUCGUUGAAUUUGCUGACCAUGUGGCCGCUGAGAAUGCUUUGCAAAGCAUGAAUGGGCGACGUGUCUUGCUUCAGGAAAUCAAGGUCAACUGGGCAUUUACUGGACAGGUUGCUGGCAAGGAGGACACAGCAUCGCACUACCACAUUUUCAUUGGAGAUCUUAGUCCUGAGAUCAACGACGAAACAUUAAGCAAUGCCUUUGGCGUGUUCGGAACCAUGACCGAUGCUCGCGUGAUGUGGGACUCCAACUCUGGCAAGUCCAGAGGCUACGGAUUUGCUGCGUACAAAGAACGUGCUGACGCUGAGCGUGCCAUCACCUCUAUGAACGGACAGGUCCUUGGAAACAGAGCUGUGCGUUGCAACUGGGCUAGCCAACGUGGCAUGCCUGGACCGGCCUUCCAUCCAGGGAUGCACCAUCAUGGCGGAAAUAACUUCAAGAUGGUUGCAAACCAGGCGCCUCAGUUCAACACGACAGUCUAUGUCGGAAACUUGCCGCCUCACACCACCCAGGAAGAUCUGGUGCCAUUCUUCCAGCCCUUUGGAAUGGUGAUUGACAUCAGAUUGCAAGCCGACCGUGGAUUCGCAUUUGUGAAAUUUGAGACACACGAGAAGGCUGCCAAUGCGAUUGUUCGACUUGCCGGCACCAUGAUCAACGGUCGUCCCGCUAAGUUGUCCUGGGGCAAGGAUAGGAAUGCCGAGAGCGCUACUCGUGGAAAUCAAUAUGGCUACUAUAACAACAACGGAGGAUAUUCCAUGGGGGGUCAUCAAAACAACGGCGGUUAUCCUUAUCAGUACAGCAACCACAUGAACCACCAUCAUAACAACCAUUAUGGAGGCAAUGGACAAGCCUACGGUCGCAAUGGAACUCACCAUCACCAUCAUAAUCAGCAUCAUCACAGCCAGCAUCAUGGACAUCAUCAUAACAACCACCAAAUGGGUAACCACCACCACCAGCACCCCUUCCAGCAACAGCAACAGCAGGCUGGAGGAUUGGAUGGUGUGCCUGGAGCGACGGGGUCAUCAGCUUUGGCUGCAGGCAGCUCCGCUCUUCCCCCUGUGAAUGUUGCUGUCGGCAGCAGCGGUGGCAACAGUAUCAGCCAGGAAGCCUAUGAUCAAUUCUCCUCCUUUAACGCAGGAUCGAGAUAAGACAUGACAACCAAAAUCGAUACUAACAAGGGUUGCAAGGCGAAUCUAUAGAGAACAUUUAGAAUGGCGAUCGCUUGAGCAAAUGCAAAGGCGCGGUAAAAAAUACAAUAAAAUGAAAUAAAAAAAAUAAACAGAGGCACGAGCUACAUGAAAUACUCUUGAAGGCAAUUGGAUUGAAUGGGUCUUUGGGUUAGAAUGCCACAUUUGUGAUGAUAUGAGCUACGUCUGUUUAUGCACGGUUGCGAUGUUGAACACGUUUACGGGAUAAGAGAAAGGGAAGUAUGCAAAUUUAGAUAGCGUGGGUGCCUUAAUAGCCCAACAAUGCUCAUGGUGAGAUUGGCGCCCUGUGGAUCGUAUCAGAACAGUAAUGGCACAGCGGUGGGGCUCAUCGAUGAACCCUGUCUAGCCGCAGAUACUGUGCUGCUGAUGCUGCUGCUGCUGC